AUGCUCAUGGAUUGCCCAGAGGUUGAGUCGGAUCCGUUUGGCUCCAUAACCGCCUCUGGGCAGUUCCUCAGGCGACAGAUCUCUGAUCCCAACGGCCUCGACCAGCAGCUGGGCCUGCCGGCCAGCUGGGAGCCCUCAACAGGGGAGCAGCUGCAGGCACUCAUCACGGAUAUGGAAGGGCCCCCGCAUGUGUCGCCCGCGUCUGCCGCCCACCAGCCCACGGCGACGUACCCUGCAGCCUAUCGGCAGGCGCUCGCGGCCGACGAAGAAGCCGCGGCAGCUGCGCGGCCGCCGCCGCAGCAGCAUGCGCAGCAGCAACAGCGCGCGCGGCCGCUCAACCUCCGCUCUUUCUCUUUCCCGGGUGGCGGUUUCGGCGGCGCGGGCCCGGACGGCGGCGCUUCUGGCAGCGACGGCCACCCAGGGGGCCCUGUGGGCGACCGCGAACCGCGGAUGGUCCCCGUCGAGGCGGCCGGCGACGCGCGGCUUCCGAACUCCAACCACGGCCCCAACGCCAACGGCUAUGCGGGGACGCCCGGCGGCGCGUCCGCCCCAGGGGCAAGCCCCGAGCACCAGCGCCAUGCCGGCCUGCACCGCACCAUCCCCACAGCGCCCCGGCAGUACAGAGGGUCUGUCGGCACCGCCAUCGGCCGCGGCGGCGGCGCCGCCGCUGCCGCCUCGCAGGCGGCCGCGGCCGCGGCAGUGGCCGCGAUGGUUGAAUCCAUGGGGCGCGAGCAGCGUGAGCGCGCGCAGCAGCGCGAGGCGGCGGCCGCGGCGACGGCGCAGCAGCAGCGCCGCGCGGCAGCGGACGGCUUACUCGACGCCCUGCUUUCGCCGGGCGCAGAGCAGCGGGAGGGGCGGCAGGAGGAGGAGCAGCAGCUGCAGUUGCUGCUGUCGGAGCGGCCUCAGCAGCCGGCCGGGCCGUUGGCACGCCUGGGCUCGCUGCAGCUUGCCGCGUCGCCGCCUUCAAUGGCGGAGCAGCAGCAGCAUCGGCAGCAGCAGCAGCAGCAGCAGCAGCAGCAGCAGCAGCAGCAGCAGCAGCAGCAGCAGCAGCAGCAGCGACUGACUUCUCAUGACGCUGGCGCCCUGUCGCCGACGGCUCUAGACGAUCUCGCACAGUUCUCAGCCACCGGCCCCCUAAGCCCAAAGCACUUUGGCGUCCGCAACGGCGACCGCGACAACGGCAGCGGCAGCGGGGGCGGCAGCGGCAGCGGCGGCGGCGGCGGCGCGGCAGGGGCCGGCGGCGACGGCGGGCUCAGCAGCAUCGGUUUGCUGGAGCUGCCGCCGCUGCCGGAUGACGCGGGUGCUGAGUUGCUGUUGGCAGACGCUGCCGGCAUGGGGCGCCUGCACAGCCUCGACACGGGCAGCUGGGGGCGCCUGCCGAAUUUCGAAGCAGCGUCCGACGCGGCAGGGGCAGGGCCGGCGACAGACUGGCCGGAGCCUCGGGAAGGCGUGCAGCCACAGCAGCAGCACUACGAGCAGCUGCAGCGGCAGCUGGAGGGUCUCAAGCAGCAGCAGCAGCAGCAGCAGCAGCAGCAGCAGCAGCAGCAGCAGCAGCAGCAGCAGCAGAGGGAUGCAGCAGCCCCGUCCUCCCUAGCGCGCGGCCUGCGGCAGGCGCAGCAGCAGCAACAAGGUCUGCUGCAGCAACUGCAGCGGCAGCAGCUGGGGCAGGCGGCGGCGGCAGCGGCGGCGGCCGGUGCGGCGGCCGCGCAGGAGGCGCGUUGGCAGGGCCAGGUCGAAGCUGGGGAUGUUGAUGCUGACAUGGAGUUGGAGGGCGCCGCUUUGGAGCAGCAGCAACCGCAGUUUGGCUCAGAGUUUGGGCAGCAGCAGCAGCAGCAGCAGCAGCAGGAACAAAAGCAGCAGGCGCUGUCGCAGUCGCAGCACCAGCAGCAGUGGCACCCACAGCAGCAGCAGCAGCAGCAGCAGCAGCAGCAGCAGCAGCAGCAGCAGCAGCAGCAGCAGCAGCAGCAGCAGCAGCAGCAGCACCAAGCGCAGCGCCAGGAAUCUUUCACAUCCCCUCCGCGUGCCUCGCGCCAGUGGUCCGGCGGCAGCGGCCUCCUGCUGCCCUCCUCAGCCGGCAACAGCGGCGCCGCCGCCGCCGCCUCCGGCGCCGACAGCGACGGCACAACUCAGUACUGCCUGAACUGCACGUCAGCGCUGUUCGGGCCGCGCUGCGACGGCUGCGGGCACGCGAGCGCCGACGAUGUAGCGCUUCUGCAGGGGCGGCUGCCGCCGCUGGGCGGGGCCGCGGCGGCGGGGGCGCGGCAGGUGUCGUCCCGCGCCGCCUCCUCGCCUUCCGCGCCGCUCCUGGCGUACGACCCGCGCCUGCUGCAGCACCGCGCCCUCCGCUCGCGCUCGCACCCGGAGCGCCCCGAGCGCACGUCCGCCGUGAUGGCGCGCCUGUCGGCGGCCGGCCUCGCGGACAGGUGCCGCCAGGUCGCGUGCCGGCCGGCGACGCGGGAGGAGCUGCUGGCGGUCCAUCAGGAGGCGCUGCUGGCGGAAGUCGAGUCCGGCAGCGCGCGGCUCGGCGCGGCAGGCGCCGCGGCCGCCAGCAUCAACCACGGCUUCGAGGCGGGCCUGCCCCACGUGCUCGACUGCUACAUGUCGGCCUCCACCUUCUCAUGCGCUGCCCUGGCCGCCGGCAGCGCCGCGGACGUCGCGGCCGCUGUCGCGCGCGGCGACGCGCCCGGCGGGGCUGCGAUCAUCCGGCCGCCGGGGCACCACGCGGAGAGCAACCUAUCCAUGGGGUUCUGCCUCAUCAACAACGCGGCGGUCGCGGCGCGCGCGGCGCAGCGCGCGGGGGCGGAGCGCGUGCUGAUCCUGGACUGGGAUGUCCACCACGGCAACGGCACCCAGGAGAUAUUCGAGUCCGAUGACUCAGUCAUGUACAUGUCACUCCACAGGCACGACGCCGGCAACUUCUUCCCGGGCACAGGCGCCGCCGCCGACGCCGGCGCCGGCGCCGGCGAGGGGUUCUCCCUGAAUAUACCCUGGGACGGCCCCGGCGCCGGCGACGCGGAUUACAUCGCAGCCUUUGCCCGCGUCCUCAUCCCUGUCGCCUACGAAUUCGCGCCCGACCUGCUCAUAGUGUCCGCUGGCUUCGACGCUGCGGAGGGCGACCCCCUGGGCGGCUGCCACGUCACGCCGGCGUGCUUUGGCCACCUGACGGCGCUGCUGCUGCCGGUGGCGCCGCUGGUGCUACUACUUGAGGCUGCCGCCCGGCCGCCCUCGGUUCGACGUGGUUUUGAGUAA